AUGAUCAGUUUCGUCAGCACUGUGUUCUGUGGUCACCUGGGAAAAACUGAACUUGCAGCAGUGGCGUUGUCAAUUUCGGUGGUUAAUGUCACCGGUCUUUCCAUUGGCGCUGGUUUGUCGUUAACUUGUGAUACCCUCAUAUCUCAGACGUAUGGGAGCGGUAACUUGAAGCGUGUGGGUGUGAUUCUCCAGAGGGGGGUUCUGAUUCUGCUGCUGUCCUGUUUCCCCUGCUGGGCUAUCCUCAUCAACACUGAACCUCUCCUACUGGCUGUCAAACAGAGCCCAGAGGUUGCCAGUAUCGCCCAGCUGUAUGUGAAGAUCUUCAUGCCUGCUCUGCCGGCUGCCUUUAUGUACCAGCUGCAAGGGAGGUAUCUUCAAAACCAGGGAAUUAUAUGGCCUCAGGUUGUGACAGGAGUGAUUGCAAAUAUCCUCAACGCAAUCAUCAACUACGUCUUCCUCUACUGUCUGGAUUUGGGCGUUGCUGGAUCUGCUGCAGCCAAUGCUAUUUCAGAAUAUUUGCUGGCUGUUAUCUUAUUCGCGUACAUCUGCUGCAGGGGUCUGCACAAGGCCACAUGGGGAGGUUGGACACUGGACUGUCUGCAGGAGUGGGGACCCUUUGUCCGGCUGGCCAUCCCCAGUAUGCUCAUGCUUUGUCUGGAGUGGUGGCUAUUUGAAAUAGGUGGAUUCCUGGCCGGAGUGAUCAGUGAGACUGAGCUGGGAGCUCAUUCUAUAACUUAUGAGCUGAUGGCCUUAGCUUACAUGUUCCCACUUGGAUUUGCUGCUGCUGCCAGUGUACGGGUUGGGAAUGCUCUUGGUGCAGGAAACAUAGAGCAGGCCAAACUGUCUUCCAAAGUCCCCAUCAUUUGUGCAUUCAUAGUUGCAUGUUUUGUUGGAGCCAGCAUCAGCCUCGCCAGAAAUGUCAUUGGAUACAUCUUCACAUCAGAGCAAGACAUUUUACAGAGGGUUGCUGACGUCAUGGUCAUAUUGGGCUUAUUGCAUCUUGCUGAUGCUGUUGCGGGUGUCGCUGGAGGGGUUCUCAGAGGAGCAGGGAAACAGUUGAUUGGUGCUCUGUGUAACCUGGUGGGAUACUACUUCAUUGGUUUCCCUAUUGGUGUGUCCCUAAUGUUUGCAGCAAACAUGGGCAUUGUAGGACUAUGGACAGGACUUUGCAUUUGUGUGUUUAUGCAGUUGAUUUUCUAUGCUACAUUUGUGUGCAAGCUCGAUUGGAAGAAGGCUGCUGAAGAGGCUGUUGUGAGAGCAGGAGUCCAGAUCAAAGAAGAAAAUGAGAUGGUUGGGAUGGAAAAUACAGACUCAAAUCAGAACCAGUACCAGGUCAGCGCUACUGCAUCUAGUGGUGAGAUCGCUGAGGUGGACCACACAUAUCAGGAGGCGCAUAUUGCAGACCAGAAUAAAUCCACUACCACUACAGUGGGAAAUGUUUUGUCAGUAACACAGCUGGUUUUACGGCGUGGCCUCAUAUUGCUGCUCAUGGUCAUCAUCCUCAUCGCUGGAAUCAUCGCAGACAUCUUCCUCACCAGGCUGCUGAAAUGA